CCGUGAAUGAAGCGAGUCGCGAUUAUCGACCCACUCCUGCCCGUUCGUUAAAACAUUGUUUUAGAAAAAAAAAUCCGCGUCUCAUUAGUGUAAUUGUUGUAAAACAACAGCUUAAUAUUGUUUUCCAAAUUAUUCAUCUUCUGGUGUUAAUUGAUUGCAUAAAUUUGUAGCAUACCUGGGGAAGAAAUUGUUUUUGUCCAUUACAAGUGCUAUAUUUGAGUGUUCUAUUGAUUCCAUGGAUGCAAUUCAUGGUUGAAAAUUUCAUGUUUUCUGAAGGAAGCAGCUCCGCAAAUCCGCGAUAAAUCCACUGGGAAAAACUGGGCGAAGAAGAGAAAGAUUAUAAUUUAUUUUUUUGUGCAAGUUUCCAAGGCGUUUGGUCUGUGUGGCACCAUCCGGAAAAGAAGGUCAAAUUGUGUGUGUUGUGUUCCCCGUUUUCUAGCACGGCAUCAGCGCGGUUCCAGCAGAUUUGAGCGGGUGUGACACCAAUUCCCCUUUGAAGCCAGCCUGAGCUCGACAACCGACAUAGGAUAGAAAAGCUUGUAAGAUCGACAGAAGUUGACGACGACGAAGCCUCGGGAAGUUGCAAAUAAGAGAAGCAAGGGAACUCGGCCCCUCCAAUAAGAUUCACCUAGCAAUCGUUGAUUGUGUCUGGAAAUCGUGUAAAUUGUUUAUCGGAACCGGAAUUCCGCCUCCGAUUGAUUCGUACCUAAAUUUAAAAAAAAAAGUUAGCUUGAGGGAAAAAAGGGCGGUGUCUAAUCGUAGACGAGUGUGUGCUAUCUGUCUCUGGGGAUAUUCAAAUCGACUCGAUCCAUCUCAAACCAAGCUCAUCCGGAUUGCUGUAAUCGACGGCGACAACGUCAUAAAGAAACUAAGCGGCCACACAGCACCGAAAAAAUGGCUUCCAACGUUCUCAGGAGAGGUGUGCCCAAAAGUCUGUCCGCGGAGGAACGCGCUGAGAUGAGGGAAAAAUUUGAAGAAAUCGAUACAAAUAAAGAUGGUUUCAUUGAGCUGAAGGAGCUGAAGGAUGCUCUGGAUCAGGUGGGUUUCAAAUUGCCUGGCUACCAGGUACGAUUGAUGAUCGAUGAGUACAGCAAUAAGCAACGGUCGCAACAUGUGGGCAAACUAUCCUACGAUGAGUUUGAGGCGCUCUGCCUGGACCUCAAGGCCAAAGACGUGGCCAGCACGUUCAAAACCGUCGUUUCGAAGAAGGAAAACCUGGAAACCCUCGGAGGAAUGUCCGAUUCUUCGGCAGUCGGGACGACCCAUUCGGUACGCAUCGAAGAACAGCUCGCCUUCAGUGAUUGGAUCAACUCCAAUCUGGUGCACGAUCAGGACCUGAAACAUCUGCUUCCGUUGGACGCGGAAGGUAAACAGUUGUACGACAAAAUCAAGGAUGGUAUUCUGCUGUGCAAAAUUAUCAACCAUUCUUGUCCGGAUACGAUCGACGAACGAGCCAUCAACAAAAAGAACCUUACAGUCUACACCAAGUUCGAAAAUUUGACCCUUGCGCUGGUGUCGUCGCAGGCCAUUGGGUGUAACAUUGUAAAUAUCGAUGCCCAUGAUUUGGCCAAGGGAAAACCACAUCUGGUGCUAGGUCUCCUGUGGCAAAUCAUCCGAAUCGGUCUUUUCAGUCAUAUUACACUGGACAGCUGUCCAGGACUUGCCGCACUUCUAGCCGAUGGUGAACAAGUGGAGGACCUGCUGAAACUUUCGCCCGAGGCAAUCCUGCUUCGUUGGGUCAAUCAUCAUCUGGAGCGUGCUGGGGUCGCUCGUCGUUGCACCAACUUCCAGUCCGAUAUAUCCGAUUCCGAAGUGUACAGCUAUCUGUUGAAUCAGAUUGCUCCCAAAGAUGCUGGCGUUUCACUAGAAGCUCUCCGAGAACCGAAUGCUCUUAACCGUGCUGAGGUAAUGCUGCAGCAGGCGGCUAAGCUGAACUGCCGAUCGUUCGUUACCCCCCAGGAUGUGGUCAAUGGCGUGUACAAGCUGAAUUUGGCAUUUGUUGCUAACCUGUUCAACAAUCAUCCGGGCCUGGACCAACCGGACGAAAUCGAGGGUCUGGAAGCGAUCGAAGAAACGCGUGAAGAAAAGACUUACCGCAACUGGAUGAACUCGAUGGGUGUGAAGCCGCACGUCAACUGGCUCUACUCGGAUCUGGCCGAUGGGUUGGUCAUCUUCCAGCUGUUCGACAUCAUCCAACCGGGCAUCGUGAACUGGAAAAAGGUGCACCAGAAGUUCACGCCGUUGCGUAAGUUCAUGGAAAAGCUGGAAAACUGCAACUACGCUGUGGAACUGGGCAAGCAGCUGAAGUUCUCCCUCGUUGGAAUUGCCGGACAAGAUUUGAGCGACGGCAACGCGACACUGACGCUGGCACUGAUCUGGCAGCUGAUGCGUGCCUACACUCUGUCGAUUCUGUCUCGAUUGGCCAAUACCGGAAAUCCAAUAAUCGAGAAGGAAAUCGUGCAGUGGGUUAACACGAAGCUGAAGAAUGCCGGCAAGACUACCAGUUUGAAGAGCUUCCAGGAUUCGGCUAUUGCCGAUGGCAAGAUUGUGAUCGAUCUGAUCGAUUCGAUCAAACCGGGCAGCAUCAACUAUGACAACGUGAAGGAUGGAGGAAAUGCAGAGGAAAAUCUGGAGAAUGCCAAAUACGCGGUCUCGAUGGCACGUAAGAUCGGUGCCCGGGUGUACGCCCUACCGGAGGACAUAGCUGAGGUGAAGCCGAAGAUGAUUAUGACCGUGUUUGCCUGCCUGAUGGCCAUGGACUACGUCCCGAACAUGGACAGUGUCAGAAGCAACGGUAAUGCCGCAACGGAACCAGUGACGGUUGUGGCAGCAGUAGCAGCUCCGGCGGAACCCAUCGUGCCUGUCACCACCAAGGUUGAAGUAGUGGAAGCAGCAGUACCGGAGGUGGAAUUGGUUAUCACUAACGGCAAUGGCACGGUCAAUGGGAACGGUGCAAUUGAAGAAACUACAGUGGCAGUCGAUGAAUUUGCGUAGGACAGCAAUAAUAGAUAAUAGGAUGCCCAUGCAGGGGCAGUUUCGUUCUGGAAAUGAACCAGAAAUAGUCAGAAAUUGUAGGAAAGAUUGUAUGCAGAAGAGAAUGAAGUAGUUAGGAUGUUUUUUUUUGUUUUAAACUGGGAUGAGAUAAUUUCGUUAUCUCAAACGAAUGCUUGGUUGCGUCCUACGCCAGUAUUGGAAGUAGAUUUGUUUCCGCCUUUUCGUUGACAGUUUCGUAUUUCUGUGGAACGAUAAAUCUGCAUAUUCGGGAAACGGAAGUGCUAGCAAGUGGUGUAGAGCCAAAUAAAAAAAAUGAACAGGCGUAUUUUUCUUCAACGUAAUAUUUUCUUGUCGUCUAUAGUAUAUAAUAUUUAAGAUAAUGUUUUUGUAUUAUAUUUUUCUUUUAUAGUUUAGUGUCGUACGCAUUUAACAGUUGAACAAUCGUAAAUUAAAAACAAAAUCCUGUCUUGAAAUAAGGAAUAACAGAGUUUACUAUAUUGUAUUUGAAAUAUAAGUUCGAUCAUAUUACGAUUGCUAAAGUGGGAUUUGUUAUUUUGGCCUUCGAUCGAUUUUGUUAUCGUUUCCUCUUAAAACAAACGCGUGUCAUUUAUUGUAUUUUCUUUUCCAUAUAUAUUACCUUAUAGAUGAUGAAACAGGCAAGCGGUCGAGCGAGUGUGCCAAAACAAAAAUCGAAAUCGAGUCCCAUUAAAUGGUUGCAAAUAAAAUGAAUUAUACAAAAAAUAAAAACAAUUUUAUGUGCAGAUUUGAAUCCGCGUGUGUUUGCGUGUUUGUGGGAUGCUUUGAAUUUUUCGGUUUUGUUUUCAUCUUACAACUGAAUUGUUAUCCAAACCUUUCAAAUUACACUUGUUAUUAUAAUUAGCAUCAUCAUCUUUCUAUUAAUACACAUCGAUAUACAGAUCUUAAUUAUGAACAAUGAAGUAAAAAUUUGGAUUGUAAACAUUUUGCUUAUUGACAAGAAAUACUUGAGUCGAUCGUUUGUUUCCGAAACCAAGCAAUAUUUAAAUUUUAAUUUUAAAAUAAAACCCUUGAUUCCAAGCGGGAAUUAAACGAUUGGAUUAUGUUUGUGUAAAAUAAUACCAUUAAUUGUGGAUAUAGGUUUGACCUAUAUUUAAUUGCUUAAACUGUCUAAUCAACUACCUACCACCUAAAACUAGGGAGGAAGAAAAGAACAAAAAAAAACAGUAACAUUUAAGGCGUAGAUAUGUAACAAUGGAAUUUAUCACUAUAAGCAUCGAAAAACGCGUACGAUGAUGGUGAAAAUUGUCCUAGCACUGGAAGAGUUCACAAAGGCUUGAAACAUUUUAAACCAAUUAGUAGAAGAAAACAUAAGCAAAUAACAAACAACCACCAGAAAUAUGUAAUCUAAUUUUUUGGAGAAAACAUUUACCAAAUAUAAGGAUAUAACCAACAGAGGAAGAAAUUGCGCAUUGCUUGCGUUGCACUUAACAAACAGCAAUUAAUACACCAAUAAAAUUUACAAUAGAGGGGGAAAUAAAUAGAAGAAGAGAAUUCGACAAGAGAUAAGAAAACGCAAGAUACAUACAUGUGACGUUGAAAGACUCGCGGAUGUAGCUAUUAUAGCGCAUGACUUCACUGGUAUAUACAAACUAACAAAUUACUAAAAAGAAGCGAGUGAAAACCAGUAAUCUGGUGGGAAGCGUAAGGAACAAAUAACACUAUAAUUUGAAAUGCUAGGUACAUAAUUAUACAAAAACACAGAAAAGACACUACAUACAUAAUACAUAUGCCAAUGGAAAUGAUGAAUAAAGGGAAUAAGAAACAGUAAAUCCAA